GUGCCCUCAUUGGCAUCAUUUGGGGUGUGGAGUGGUGGAUGUCUCAAGGGCAUCAGAUGGAGUGGGAAUGUCCCAUUGGCAUCAUCUGGGAUGGAUAAUUAUUGGUGCCCCAUUGGCAUCAUAUGGGCUGUGGGGUGAUUGGGUGUGGGGUGAUAGGUACCCUGAGGGCACAGGGUGGGAGCAAAGGGUGUGGAUGACCCCUUGGCAUGGGGGGCAGCGAGGUGGGGGGCACCUUGUGGGGGCAGGGGCUGAUGGAUAUCAGCUUCUCACAGUGGGUACAAGGUCGGGGGGCAGGGAGUGAGGGGUGUGCCUCAGGGGCACGUCAGGGUCAGGGGGUCACGAGCACCCGCAGCUUUCCCCUGUGCUCCUUCUUCACCUUUCGUGGGCUCUGCCAGCGCUUUUGGGUACCCCUGGCACUUGUGUCCCCCAGGUUUGCCACACAGGAGCGGGACGGGCUCCUGCUGUAUAACGGACGCUUCAACGAGCGGCAUGACUUUGUAGCACUGGAGAUUGUGGAUGAGCAGCUGCAGCUCACCUUCUCAGCAGGUGAGACCACCACCACAGUGUCACCCUUCGUGCCAGGAGGUGUCAGCGAUGGGCAGUGGCACCGGGUGCAGCUGCACUACUACAACAAGCCGGUUGUGGGGCGCUCUGGGGUCCUGCAGGGCCCCUCAGAGCAGAAGGUGGCUGUGGUGACUGUGGACGACUGUGACACAGCCAUGGCCCUGCGCUUCGGGCUCCACCUUGGCAACUACUCCUGCGCUGCCCAGGGCACCCAGACUGGCAGCAAGAAGUCACUGGACCUGACGGGGCCACUGCUGCUGGGGGGGGUCCCAACGCUGCCCGAGAGUUUCCCGAUCCGCAGCCGGCACUUCGUGGGGUGCAUGCGACACCUCCACAUUGACCAGCACCCUGUGGACAUGGCAGCCUUCAUUGCUAACAACGGCACCCUGCCCGGUGGGCUCCAGGGCCGGGAGAGUGGGCAGGGGCUGGGGGGGCUGUGCUCCUUCGAGCAGAAAGAGAUGGGGUGUGGGGUUAAGGAGUACCUGAGCAGUGGGGCUAUGUCCCCUGAAUACUGCGUGGCCUGGAACGGGCUGGCGCUGCCUCUCUCCCUGCCCUGGCCAGUCCGCAUCAUGUUCCGCACCCGCCACCCGCGUGGGGUUCUGCUGCGGGCGGGGGCUGGAGGUCGCCUAACCCUCAUCCUGCAGCUAAGCGAGGGGCAGGUGGAGGCUGGUGCCUGGCAGGGGGGGGCACGUUUGGCUACCCUGCGUCUGCCCCAGGCCAAAGUCAAUGAUGGUGCCUGGCACCACGUGGAGCUGGAACUGCGGGGGGGCUCUGGCCGCAACCCCCCCACCACCCUCCUCCUCCUCACCCUCGACUAUGGCCGCCACCAGGCAGUGGGCAAUGUCCCUGGAGAGCUGCAGGGACUGCGGCUGCGCACGCUGAGCCUCGGGGGGCUGCUGGGGGACAGUGGCACUGUGGCAGAGGGGUUCCAGGGGUGCCUGCAGGGCCUGCGUGUUGGGGACCAUGUGGUGACUGCGGGCACCUUGAGCCUGGCACAGGCAGUGCUGGUGAACGUGGAGGGGGGCUGUGCCCUGCCUGAUCCCUGUGACUCAGGGCCCUGCCCCCCCAACAGCUACUGCAGUGAUGAUUGGGACAGUUUCUCAUGUCGCUGCCACCCUGGGUACUUCGGUGACAGCUGUGUCAGUGCCUGUGCCCUGGAUCCCUGUGAGCCUCCGGGCACCUGUACCCGCCGCCCAGGCACGGGCCCUGGCUAUGCCUGUCACUGUCCCCCGGGCACCUUCGGGACCCUCUGCCAGCACCGGGAGGCGCAGCCAUGUCCGCGGGGAUGGUGGGGGCACCCCACGUGCGGCCCCUGCAGCUGCGAUGUCACCCACGGCUUCAACCCAGACUGUAACAAAACCACGGGCGAGUGUCGCUGCAAGGACAACCACUACCGCCCGCCAGGAGAGGACACAUGCCACCCCUGUGAGUGUUACCCCACUGGGUCGCUGUCGCGCCGCUGUGAUGCCAACACUGGACAGUGUCCCUGCAAAGCUGGUGUCAUUGGCCGCCAUUGUGACCGCUGUGACAACCCCUUUGCUGAGGUGACAGCCAGUGGCUGCGAAGUGAACUAUGACAGCUGUCCCCGGGCCAUUGAGGCCAGCAUCUGGUGGCCCCGCACUCGGUUUGGGCUGCCAGCUGCAGCCCCCUGCCCCAAGGGCUCUGUUGGCACGGCACUGCGCCACUGUGAUGAGCACAAGGGCUGGCUGCCCCCCAAUCUCUUCAACUGCAGCGCACUGGCCUUUGCUGCCCUUCGCCCCUGGGUGGAGCAGCUGGUGGGCAAUGAGUCACGGUGGGAUGCAGGGCAGUCCCGGCGUGUGGCGCUGGCACUGCGUGAAGCAAUGCGUGAGGCCCAUGGGUACUUUGGCAGUGAUGUGCACCUGGCAUACCAGCUGGCAGGGGCCCUGCUGCGCCAUGAAAGCCACCAGCGUGGCUUCCACCUCGCUGCCACCCAGGACGUGCACUUCACUGAGAACCUGCUGCGGGUAGGCAGUGCGCUGCUGGACAUGGGGAACAAGCGACACUGGGAGCUGAUCCAGCAGACGGAGGGUGGCACAGCCCAGCUGCUGCAGCAUUUCGAGGAGUACGCACGAGCCCUGGCACGGAAUAUGCCCCAGACUUACCUCAGCCCAUUCACCAUUGUCACCCCUAACAUCGUGGUGUCGGUGGUGCGGCUGGACAAGAGCAGCUUUGUGGGUGCCCGCCUGCCACGCUAUGAGGCGCUGCGGGGAGAGAAACUCCCAGACCUGGAGACGACCGUCAUCCUGCCUGACAGCAUCUUCUGGCCCCCCGAGGACAGGCCAGGCGAAGAGAAGAAGGAGGAGGAGGCAGGGAUGACUGUGGUGACCCGGCACAAGCGCCACCCAUCCCUGGGUGAGGGCCAGGCCAUCGCCAGCGUCAUCAUCUACCGUACCCUGGCCGGUCUCCUGCCCCAGCACUUCGACACCGACAAGCGCAGCCUCCGGGUGCCCAAGCGCCCCGUCAUCAACACACCAGUGGUGAGCAUCAGUGUGCACACGGGGGACACGGAUGGUGUGGGGGGCAUGGGGAACCCCCAGGCACUGGCCAAGCCUGUCACCCUCCAGUUCCGGCUGUUGGAGACCCAGGAACGCUCCAAGCCCAUCUGUGUCUUCUGGAACCACUCUCUGCGGGCCGGCAGUGUGGGCGGCUGGUCGGCACGAGGCUGCGAAGUCACCUUCCGCAACCAGAGCCACGUCAGCUGCCAGUGCCACCAUCUGACCAGCUUUGCUGUCCUCAUGGACAUCUCCCGUCGAGAGAAUGGGGAGGUGCUGCCGCUGGCAGCACUCACCUACGGCUCACUGGGAGUGGGGCUGGCGGGGCUGGCACUGGUGGUCCUGGCCCUGGGGACCUUGAGUCGGCUGCGUUCCAACCGCCACAGCAUCCGCCGGCAUGGCACAGCUUCACUGCUCCUUGCACAGCUUGUCUUCCUGCUUGGCAUCAACCAGACCGAUGUCCCGCUGGCGUGCACCGUGGUGGCCAUCCUGCUGCAGUUCCUGUACCUGAGUGCGGUAGGCUGGGCACUGCUGGAGGCGCUGCACCUGUACCGGUGCCGCAGUGAACCCCGUCAUGUCGACCGUGGUCCCAUGCGCUUCUACCACAUACUGGGCUGGGGACUGCCUGCUUUCAUUACCGGGCUGGCGGUGGGGCUGGACCCCGAGGGCUAUGGGAGCCCCGACUUCUGCUGGCUGGCCCUGCAUGACAGCCUGGUGUGGAGCCUGGCUGGACCCUGUGCUGCUGCCCUCGCUGUCGGCAUCUUCUUCCUGGUGCUGGCGGCCAGGGCCACCUGUGCCACCCCCCAGGGCUUCCAGAAAAAGGGCUCAGCGUCUGGGGUGUGCACAGCUGCAGUCCUGCUGGCCAUGCCCAGCCUGGCCUGGCUUCUGGCCCUGCUCUCAGUCAACAGUGACACGUUGCUCUGUCACUACCUGUUCGCCGCCUCCAACUGCCUCCAGGGCCCCCUCAUCUUCCUGUGCUGUGUGGUGCUGAGCAAGGAGGUGCGGAGGAGCCUCCGCCUGAGCUGUGCCCGCUGCCACCACCCACCACUGGCCACCAAGGCCACCCUGACCCCUGCCUAUGGCAGGGACAGCGCAUACGUGGCAGGGCAGCUGUACCCGCCCCCAGGUGGUGGGUCCUCGGGGUCCCUGCACAGCACUGCACGCUCGGGCAAGAGCCACCACAGCUACAUCCCAUUCGUGCAGCGGGAGGACUCAGGGCUGGCAGGCAGCCCAGGGCUGGGGCCAGUGCCGCUGCCUGAGCCUGGGGGGCUCUUCCUUGAUUCCCAGGACCAGCCUGAGGAGCAUGACACGGACUCGGACAGUGACGUGUCCCUGGAUGACCUGAGUGGCUCCUAUGGCUCCACACAUUCUUCUGAUAGCGAGGAUGACACCCCCUGUGGCUGGGACCCCUUACCCAGGGCUCCCCUGGGUCCCCCUGGCCCUGGUGACCCCCUGCUGCCCCCAGGAUGCCCAUACUGGCCAGGGGAAUUUGUGACAACAGCGAGUGAGGGACCAGGAGGUAGUGAGGGGCUGCGAGUGCAACCAUCUGGUGACCAGGGACACCCCUGGGGUGAUCCCCCCCAGCCCAAUGGCGAGGCAUUUCCCAGGGGCCCCCUGCUGCUGCCCCUACCCCACCCCCACAAAGGGAUCCUGAAGAAGAAGUGCCUGCCCCCCAUCAGUGAGCGGGGCAGCACCCAGCGCCCUGGGCCACCCCCACCGCCUCCGGCUUGCACAGCUGCCUCCUCGGGCAGUGACGGGGGGGCACCCCCAGUCCCCCGGCCUCGGCAGAGCCUCCAGGAGCAGCUCAGCGGCCUCACCCCCAUUGCCAUGAGCAUCCGCACAGGCACCGCUGACGAGGAUUCCUCUGGCUCUGAAUUUCUGUUUUUUAAUUUUCUCCAUUAACCCAAGGGGGCUAGGGGGGUUCCCCCCCAACCCUCACCCCUCCAUCUCCCACCAUGGCUGGGUGCUGGGGGGCACAGAGGGCACCCUGGCACCCAUCUCCCCCAUCACACAUCUGUCUGUCUUGUUUUUUAUCCACCCCCACCCCCCGCUUUGUAUCCACUUCCCCCAUCUGUCUGUGCCCCCCACCAGGAGCGACGAGACCUCAAUCUAAUGGGGACCCAGCAGGCAACCCACACACUGUGCCAGGGACACCAGGACAGGGAGGGCACCAGGAUGGUGGGGGGGGACACACCAGGAUUGGGGGUGUACAAGGACUGGGAGGACACCAGGAGGGGGCAGGGAGCCACAUCCCUCCCCGCCCCAGUGCACUUUGUAUCCUUGCAGGGAUUGGCACCUUGCAGGGGGGUAGCACAGGGUGCCCCUGUUUUCCCCCCAUGAUCACCCCCAGCCCCUUUGCCCAGCAGAGUGCUUUAUUUAAAAAAUACAUGAAAAUACAAAAAUGGGAAUUUAUAACCAACUUGCCCUAUUGUGCCAACCCCCCUGAAGGUGCCACCCAUCCCAUGGUGUGAACUUCCCCAGGUGGGCGGGCAUGUGGAGGGGGUGGGAUCAGUUGGGGGUUCAGGGAUGUCUGGGGAACCCCCCCUCCCCUGCCCAGGGGUGAGGCUCAGGUUGGGGAACUGAGGGAUGGGUGUUGUGGGGUGAGGGACCCCUGGGUACUGGGGGAUGUGGGGGGUUUCCUACUGCUGAUUGGACCUUUUGUAAUUAAAGCAAAACCCAGUGCA